CUCCGAAGUCGAGUAAGAUGAAGUUGUUGGCUGUCUUAUUUUGUAUUGCUCUCUAUUCAUUCGUUCGUACCGGCUAUGCACUUGAUAAUGGGCUAGCGCUCACACCACCGAUGGGCUGGAUGGACUGGGAGCGUUUUCGAUGCAAUAUCGACUGUGAACACGACCCUCACAAUUGCAUCAGUGAGCAUUUGUUUAUGGAAAUCGCUGAUCGCAUGGCUGAGGAUGGGUAUAGAGGUGCUGGAUAUGAGUUUAUCAGUAUUGAUGACUGUUACACCAACAAGAAGCGAGAUAAGAAUGGUAACUUGCAGCUGAACACCACAAGGUUCCCAAGUGGUCCCCACGCAUUGGCUCAAUAUAUACAUGGCAAAGGUCUAAAACUAGGAGUCUAUGCAGAUUAUGGUGUUCUGACAUGUGCAGGAUACCCUGGCAGCUACUAUUACAUCGAGCAAGAUGCUAAGACCUUUGCUAGUUGGGGAGCUGAUUAUCUUAAACUAGACGGAUGUUAUUCAGAUCCUAAGACAAUGAACAAAGGCUACCCAGAAUUCCGCAGGGCGCUCAAUGCCACAGGGAGACUAAUUGUGUAUAGUUGUGAAUGGCCUUCCUACAUGAUUGGCCAAAAUUUGACAGUGAAUUACACAGACAUUGCCGAAAAUUGUAAUACUUGGAGAAACUAUGAUGACAUCCAGGAUUCAUGGGCUAGUGUGAUGCAUAUUGUGGAUUAUUUUGCUGCAAAUCAAGACACAUUUAUCGCAGCUGCCGGACCUGGUCACUGGAACGAUCCAGAUGAGCUUAUAAUUGGUAAUUUUGGCCUGAGUGAUGACCAAUCACGUGCUCAGAUGGCUCUGUGGGCAAUUAUGGCUUCACCAUUGAUUAUGUCGACUGACCUCCGGAGCAUCAAGCCAAGGCACAAGGAAAUACUUCUAAACAAGGAGGUCAUUGCUGUCAAUCAAGACAAACUUGGCAAGAUGGGCCGCCAGUGGAUUAAGAGUAAAGACAAUACCGAGGUUUGGGCGCGCCCGCUGUCUGAUGGCUCAGUGGCUGUCGUCUUGCUGAACAGGCGCGACGAUGGAAUGCCAUAUCUUGUCGAAGCAUCUUUUGAUAAGAUCGGGUUCCAGGUUCACGCCGCCACAGCACGUGAUCUAUUUUCCCAUAAGCACCUUGGGUCGUUCAUCAAUUCCUUCGCAGCACAUGUCAACCCCACUGGGGUGGUGAUGGUAAAGCUGACCAAGAUCGAUUGAAGAUCACGUUGUUUAGUAGGGGUAACAAUGUUAGGAGAUUUUUUGACAAAUUUAUAAUUGCAUUUUUAAAUGAAAACACGGUUAUCUAUUAAAAAGGCUUGAAUUAUACAUUUUACAAAAUAAAGUAAGAAAUCAAAUUAUUAAAUCUCUGUUGGAGGAUACCAACACUAAAGUUUUUUUAUUUUGCCUACAGACAAAAGUAGCUAGAGAUUUGCAUUAAAAUAAAAGGAAUAUUGUCACUAAUACACAACUUCUAUAAUCCAAUGAAAUGUUUAUUAAAAUUAA